AACUUCUCAGCCCUUCUCUCAGCAUGGGGUCUUGCAUGCUUUUCUAUUCCAUUGUUCCGCAACUUCAUAAAGGAGGAGGAAUGAGAGAGUAAAAGGAGAGGAAAAAAAGCAGAAAAGCUCUUAAAAAAACAUCCUUCAUAACAAAUUCUAAAUAAUUUAGCCCCGGGCUGGACACACGGGGGUAGGAUGCACAAGCCGCAGGUUUACCCGCAGUCACUCUUCGUUUCGCCACUUUACGGAAGGGUGUGGGCAUCACGUGUUACCUGGACCCAAGUUCCAUGUUGACCUUAAUGUGGAGACUUUUUGAAAAUGUUUUUGAUCUUUUUUGUCCUGAUUUUUGAUUUUUUGCCACUGAGAUGGAGUCUACAGGUGAACUACUGUCAAUGCAACCAGGCAGCUGAGUACAAGGGACAUUACUUGGUGGCUUCCCACCGGCAGCCAAGACAUCUUCACCACCACCGACCCGGCAGGAGGCACCGGCUGAGAGGCUCCAAAUCCCGCACAGAUGACUCCGCUCCCCGUAUCAUUGAGCAUCCCUCCGACCUGGUUGUACGGCGAGACCAGCCUGGCACCAUGAACUGCCGUGCUGAGGGGACUCCGGAGCCCACCAUAGAAUGGUACCGCAAUGGCGAACUCGUAAACUUUUCUAAGGGCCACAACUCCCUGAUCCUAGAGGGGUCCCUGUUUUUCUUACAUAUCAAAGGAAAAUCGGAUGAAGGGAUUUACACCUGUGCGGCCAGAAACCACCUGGGGACGGCGGUCAGCAGAAACGCAUCGCUCACCAUUGCCGUCCUGAAGGAUGAAUUUCGCCAGGAGCCCGGGGAUAAGAGGGUGACCGCAGGGAUGCCGCUGGUGAUUGACUGUUCCCCACCCAAAGGGCACCCGGAGCCAGUGGUGACGUGGCAGAAAGAUGGAGUACCACUGGACAGAAACAACAGCCGCUACAUGUUUGCUGGCGGUAGACUCUCAAUCGCCCGUACACUGAGCUCAGAUGCAGGAGUAUAUAUGUGCGUGGCCUCAAAUCAAGCCGGGGAGAGGAAAAGUCGUGGCGCUGUUAUCUCCAUUCUGGACCUGCCGUAUUUUACAAAUAAACCUGUUGAUAAGGUUGAAGAACCAGGAAGCACAGUCCAGUUAACCUGUGUAGUUCAGGGCAAUCCUAAACCUAUUGUGCAAUGGAGUAAAGUGCAGGGAGCGCUCCCCAUAGGCAGAUAUGCAAUUACCAAUGAGAACACGUUGUGUCUCCAGCGAGUGACUGUGCAAGAUUCAGGGACAUAUGUCUGCACGGCCAGAAACAAAAAUGGUGCUGUGUCUGCGUCUGCGCAACUUGUGGUACAAGAUCCUUUGGACACCGGUCAGAUCAAACAAGAAUUGUCCAGCGUCAUUUUACACCUGGACACGGUGACGUUACAGAAUUUGUCGUCGGUCCGCCUGCAGUGGAUGGCGUCUUCAUUGUCCCGGCAUACACAAGGCUACUCCAUCUUCUAUCGCCCUCACACCCCAUCGGGUUCUGACUGGGAGAAGUGGGGUGACGCCCCUGUUACUGAAAACAUGGUGGUGAUUCCAGGACUGCGCAGGGGGCAGAGGUACGAGUUUAAAGUCCGACCAUACGGAUGGACGGUGCAAGGAGCGGAUAGUAACGUCAGACGCGUCCUUAUCCCAGAGGAAGUUCCUGGUCCUGCCCCACAGGACAUCAAUGUCACAUUGGUCGUCGGUGGCAACGGGUCGGUCAUUGUGAGCUGGGCGCCCCCUCCGCAGAACGGGCACGGUGGUAACAUUAAGAAAUACAAGAUCUGGUGCUUUGCAAAUGAGACCCUUCCUUACAGCAACUGGACAGUGGGCAGCGGGACCCACAGCCUUGAGAUCCCCCCCUUACCGGCGGGUAUCAGAUAUCGGAUUCAGGUGUCAGCCAUGUAUGACAGUGACAUGGGCAACCUGAGUAACCCCAAGUACAUCUUCAUUGAAACUCUGAUGAUGAAAGAAGAUGCGCCAGAUAGCACAAUUCCUUUGGAUCUCCUCCUCCAAGUGGUGAAGCACCCAGCCUUCAUCGCCACCGUUGGGGGAGCCAUCUGGCUUAUGCUAAUGGUGACCGUCAUCUACCUGUGUCAGAGGAGCUCGAAACGUUACAGAAAAAAGAAACACAGUGGUCUUUACCGUUUUGCAAGUGAGGACACCAUCAUUAAACACAGGAUGGACACAAGUGAUUCCCCAUGGCUCUCAAACACCUGGAAAUCCGCUUCUUGUUCCAGAAACUACAGCAGCACGACCAGCAUGAAUAGCCAGCUCCUGUGGAUGGAGAACAAGGACACGGCUGACUUCCAUAAGUCCAACAUCUCCUUUGAGCGUAAGAGUGAGGGCAGCCGCAGUCAGAUCAUCCCCUUGGUCCCGGACAGCAGUAUGUAUGGAGCACUCUAUGUGGAUCCCCCAGGAAAGGACUUGACAACAUUCCAGAGUUCAUCACCAGUCAGGCCCCCCGGGAUGGGAAUUAGUUCUAAGUCUGGGAUACCGCUAGGACUGUACGAUCACAGCCUGUUUCUGCACUGUCAUGGCAGUGCGAACAACCUCACUCAUGGGGCUGCAAGAAACAAGAUACCUGGAAAACCUGUGGUCCCUGUACCACCAAAUGUGGCCCUAAAGGAGCCCUGGAGCCACAAUCUCAAAAGAGAGCUGCAUCAUGUGAAUAGCGCUCCUCUCUCUCCUUAUCUCCAGACAGACAGUGGGAGCGUUCCCAGUGUGAAGAGCUUAGAGGGAAACCCAGCAGGGAAAGCAGAAUAUACAAAAGUGAUGAAGACGUUCAGCAAUCCUAAAAUCCUCCACUACACCACAUCCCUGAAAGUGAUGGACCUCCUGCCGUACAGCAGCGCCCUGCCCCCACCCCCGGCGCCUCCACCCGAAGAAGACCUGAACAGAGGCCGACAGGACAAACCGAUCUCUAAAAUGGCAGCAGAGGUACAAUCGGACAGUGGUCCCAAACCAUGCCAGUUCAGUAAAAAGAAGUCUCCGCCGGACUCUUUGCUCUUCAGACACACGUCAUCGGUCUCGCUGUCCGUCCACGAUGACACCGUGCUCACUCCAGAUGAUGUGGCCCAUUACCUGGAGUUUAAUGAACAAGAAGAUCGCACCAGACAUCCCUCUGAGAGCGACUCCACCCUCCCGCGGCCAUUCCCCGCUUCAUCCAACACAUACGGCUAUAUCUGCAGCCCGUCAGAGCUGGCAGAAGGGGACGCACCAGAUGAAGAUGAAGACGACCUGGACCUUGGUGAACUCAGCUCCUUAAAGUCCUAUAGAAAGUACUGUGAGACACCUACCUCCAGCAUCAGUGAAUACGAGAGCUCUAUGGCGGGGUCCCUAGUCAACGGUUGGGGGUCCGUAUCUGAGGAUAACUAUACCAGUGCCCGGUGCAGCAUGGUCAGCUCUUCAGAUGGUUCCUUCCUUAUGGACGCCAGCUUUGCCAAAGCCCUGGCUGUGGCAGUGGACAGCUUUUGCCUUGGAAUAACCCAGUCGGAAUCCAUGGGAGCGGACCGGAUCUCCGCCGACUUUUCGCCGUCCGCGUCCCCUCUGGAUGGAUUACUGGCUGUGCAGAACCAGGGGCAGGAUGCCGACCUGAACAGUAGAAAACCCAAAGUGAGCCCACUGCCGGUUCUCGACUGGAACAUUGACUGGAUGGACGAACUGGAGGCGAAAUAUCGGCACAGAAGCCAAACAAAACCGCAGUAUCCGUUCAGUAAGGUUGAACCGUACAAGUAACGUCACUCCUCGGCCAAUCAGCUCGCUACGACAACCGAGGGGUCUAACCCCCCCCUUCCAGCGGUGAAGGCUUCACAGGAGACCCCACAACCUGCGUGCAGAAAACCGUACACAGAGCGAUCACCAUGCGCAAAAAUAUUCACACCCCUAAUGACCAUUCCCUUCCUUUUUGACUUUUUAACCCUAUAGCAGCCGACAGACAUCUUCAUACGGGCGGCCAUAUACAGGACUUGGCAUAUAUAUAGAAAUACAUAUUGGGGGAGAUCUAUCAAAACCUGUGCAAAGGAAAAGUUGCUGAGUUGCCCAUAGCAACCAAUCAGAUCACUGCUUUCAUUUUCACAGAGGCCUUUUUAAAAAUGAAAGUAGUGAUCUGAUUGGUUGCUAUGGGAUACUGGUCAACUUUUCCUCUGUACAGGUUUUGAUAAAUCUCCCCAAUUGUGCUAUGUAAGGGGGGGGGGGAGUCACAAUCCGUUCCUGAAAUUUCUUCAGUCCGGCAUCUUUAGGACCGGAUCGGAUUAUCGGAUGGUGAGAAAAGCGUACGCAAUGCGAGACAUUUGUUUGCUCCGGUUAAAGGGGUAUUCCAGGAAAAAACUGUUUUUUAUAUAUCAACUGGCUCCAGAAAGUUAAACAGAUUUGUAAAUUAGUUCUAUUAAAAAAAUCUUAAUCC